UGUUUUCUACUUAAUCUGCCGUACCCUUAAUUAAGCCUAAUUUAAAACUAUCAUCUUCUUCUUUUUAUCAUAGUUUUCUACACCUGAAUAUUGUUUCAACCAUGAAAUCUGAUGGAGCUUUGAAACAAAAUCACCAGGAAUCAUAUAUUCGUACUAGAGAGAAUCCUUUCUUUGAUGGGCUUUUAAGCAAAGAUAUUGAUGAAACCAAAACUUCAAAACUUGUCAUGGAUAUGUCUACAAAUGGCAUAGAUCAAUUGCCAUUUGAUAACUCAGCAUUCUCUGAAGAUUUCAACUAUGAAUCAAUCGAACAUUCCCCGUCUGAAAAAUGGUUAGAAAGAAGCAAAAUUACUCCAUUUAUACAACUAGAUAUUCAAUCAAAUGAAGAAGAGAAUUCACAUGCACCAGCAAUAUUACAACAUGUGGAAAAGAUAUACACUGUUACAAGAAGAAAAGAAAAGCUAUCAAAUGUUCUUCUUCCACUAUCAGCAGCUUCAUAUUAUAAUGGAGUAUCACCAGAAAUUCAAAUUGUUGAAUCAUGUGAAGGUAUUUAUAAGCUCAAUGCAUAUUUGAAGGCUAGAAAGGAUGAUGUUAAUGCUGGUGUGCCUGGAAAAUUCUUGUAUGCUGUAAUGGGAUCAGAUGAUGCUGAUGUUGGAACUGUGGCUUCAACUAUCAUGUACUCCUUCUAUCUAAAUGUAACUUCAAAAAAUGAUCAAAUCUGCAUAGUACCAAUUAUCAACAUUAACAGAUCAAAUCUUGGGGCACAUGUUGAACUCAAGUGGUUACUUGAUUCAUGUCAAAUUCAUCAAUCAUCCUUAAUUUUUGCUGAUGAGAUUGAUAUGUCAUAUUAUGAUCUAUUUGGAAGUCUUAAGAUACUAUUGUUGAAGAGCAGCAAGAUUGCCAACAAACAAGAGAAAUUGAAGCAUGCUGUGGUGGAAAUUUUUCACUGCAGAAAGGGUGAGAAAAUAUAUCCAUGGGUAAAAAAUGUAACAAUUGGAGAGGAAGGUUCUUGUUGUACGGCUAUAGCUGAAAAAUUUGUAGCAUAUUCACCAGAAUUAUUGACUAGCAAAUCCUUCAGUAAAUUACUGUUAUCUGGAAUCCUAUUGGACACUACAAAUUUAAGGGACCCUCAUUGCACCUCUAAAGAUAAGUACAUGGUUUCAUUAUUGAUCAAUGGUGCUGGUCGUUAUGGAUGCAAUGGUCUUUAUCAAUUAUUGAGGUACAAAAUGCAUGAUCUAUCCUCUAUGCAAGUAGGGGAUAUACUGCGAAAGGACUUUAAAAAGUGGAAAGGACAAGCAGACAAUACAGAUUCAAGACCAAUAUCUCAAAUUGGCAUGAGUUGUAUUGGAAUUUCAAUUGGACAGCUGCUCUCUUACACGGACAAUCUAGCACACGAAAUAACAUGUUUCCAAUUUGCAGAGAAACUUCGAGCACUUAUCAUCGUUUCAGGGUACUUUAAUAAGGAAAAGAACUUUAAGAGAGAAGUUUUAGUAUCAACUGAAUCUGUGAAGCUAUUGGAGAGUUUGCUCUUUUUCUUCGAUUUUAAUGCCUCUCGACUGCCACUCAAAAUUUUACAAAUCCCAGGUUUGAAAAAUGAGAUGAAAGCAUACCAGAUUGAUAAGAUUACAUCUAGGAAAAUAGUUGAGCAUCUCAUAGAAGAGUUUGUUGGAAUUCCAAAAGCCUAAUGUAUUAUUUUUUAUAUUUUUAUUUUUGUAAAAUAAGGCCUUUGAAAGAAAAAGGAAUUGCUUAAUUUAUAGAAAUGAUUUAAU